UUUAUUUCACCUUUAAUAAUUUGCAUAGAUCUAUCUGCAGUGCAAUCGGCCCUUAUCACAAAAAUUUUAAGCAAACAUUUUGCCCUUUUAAACCUCAUCGGGCUGUAAAAAGAGCGGCAAUGCUGUCUAGUGUAGCUAGGCAUUUUAUGCGGCAAUCUGCCAACAUCAGCCCCAUGGCCAAGGCCGCAGAGAAGACCGCCGCGAUGCUGGGCCGUAAGCAGGCCCAGCCAGGCCGGAUGUUUGCACACCAACAGUCCCUGUCUCGUCUGCCCGUCCCUCCACUCCAACAGACGCUGUAUAAGUACCUGCUGGCCGUCCAGCCUAUACUGAGCGAGGAGGAUUAUGAGGCGACAAAGAAGAUUGUGACUGAGUUUGGCAAACCAGGCGGCUAUGGAGAGUCACUACAGAUGGCGCUGAUCCAAAGAUACCAGAAGAUGGACAACUGGCUUGCAGAGUGGUGGCUACACAAGGCGUAUCUUGAGUUCCGUUCGCCCGUGGUGUUGCACGUUAGUCCCGGCGUGGUUUUCCCCCGCGAGGACUUUAGGGGCGUCGACGCUCAGCUGGAAUUCUCGGCCAGGUUCAUUGCCGGUGUCUUAGAUUUCAAACAGCUGAUCGACAGUAACUCGUUACCAGAUGAUUACAUGGGCGGUCAGCCGCUCUGUAUGUAUCGGUACCAUAAGAUUCUGUCGUCUUGCCGGGUACCGGGCGUCAAGAAGGAUUCCGUUGUCAGCUUCCCACCCAACGAACCCGACGCACCCAGGCACACCGUCAUUGGGCACAACAAUCACCUCUUCUCAUUGGUUGUUUACGACUCACAAGGCAAGCCUCUGCCAAUCAGUGAGAUCCACUCAAAGCUCAAGGAGAUUGUUGCUGCGUCGCCAUUCCCUGCCGAACCGGUUAAUAUUCUGACGUCGGAACACCGCAACACGUGGGGCAAGAUAUUCAAGAAGAUGUCCAAGGACAAAGUCAACAGAGCUUCCUUUGAAGAGAUCAAGAGAAGUAUCUUCAUGGUGUGUUUGGACAAAUCCGUCUACUCGGAGCUGGACGGGCAGAUGCAAGUAGAGAGCUUUGCCAAUUACUGUGCCAAGAUGGCUCUGUAUGGCGGGGGAAGCAGAGCCAACAGCUGCAACAGGUGGUUUGAUAAGACCAUACAGUUUAUGAUCGGAGCCGAUGGAGAGAUUGCUCUGCAGUAUGAACACUGCACGGUCGAAGGUCCUUACAUUAUGGCAAUGAUCGACCACAGUUUACACUAUGCGCACAACACUCCUGUAGAGUCCUCUAGGUCAUCCGCAAUCUCUACUUCAGUCCCAAAGAGGUUAGAUUUCAACCUGGAUUGCGAAACCUUGGAGGCGAUUGAAGAUGCCAAGUGUCACAUCGACAGUCUUGGCAACGACGUUCAGAUAUCCUGCUUUUCAUUCGAGCCGUUCGGCAAAGACUUUUGUAAAAGUCAAAAGCUGAGCCCCGAUGCAUUCAUUCAGCUGUCUAUCCAGCUGGCAUUUUUCAAACUCUACGGUCAUUCCACAGCAACCUAUGAAACUGCUUCAUUAAGGAAAUUCCAGUUUGCUCGCACCGACACGAUCAGAUCUGCCACCGUCGAUUCCGACAUCUUUGUCCGAGCCAUGUGCGAGAGCACGAAAAAGCUGAGUGAAAAGGCACACCUUUUGAGGAAGGCCAUACUAGCCCACAGGGAAUACACAAAUGCGGCAAUUAAUGGCGAUGCCAUCGACAGACAUCUGUUUGGCCUGAAGCUGAUUGCCAUCGAGCAAGGCAAGAACGUACCAGAGAUAUUCAUGGAUACGUCCUACACGGCGGCUAUGCAUUUCCGCCUCUCUACAAGCCAGGUACCAGCAAAGCAUGACCUGACUAUGAUCUUCGGUCCUGUCGUCCCAAACGGUUACGGCGUCUGCUACAACCCCCAAGACGACCACAUCAACUUUGGCGUGACCGCUUUCAACACCGUCCCCGAGACCGACUCGGAGAAGUUCUCCCAGAAACUGGCCGAGAGUCUACUAGAUAUGCAACGUGUCUUGAACAAGGUGCCACCACAUGCUAAGCUUUGAAAGAAAAUGACAUUUGUGUUUUUCCUUUGUCAGCUAAUUUCCUUGUUUUUAAAAUUCUCAUAUGCACCAUUCAAAAAAAAAAAAAAAUGAAAGAGGCAUUUGUUAUUGCUUUAUUUUAAUGUAUGUAUUUUGUAAUUCUGUGAAAUGUGAAUUUUUUUCAACAACUCUUUGUAAAUUAUGUAAAAAUGAGGUGAAGUUGUAAAAUCAAAUAACAAAUGUAAAGUACAUAUCUUCUUUUUUUUUUUUUUAACUUGGGGGGGGGGAGAGGGGUCCAGAUAAUGAAUUGAAAGUCACACAUUUUUAGUUUUCGAUGAAAUUAUGUGUGAAAAAAGAAGUUACUUAAUGAAUGUGCGAGAAUACACGCAUUUUUGAAGUUAAUUUGCCAUGUAUAAUUUCUUUAGGGACCGUGACCAUUCAGCCCUGGUAUAAAAAGGGCCCACCGGUAAGCUCGUCCCCUCCCAAGAAGUCUUUUCGUACCGUCCCAGCUACCGGCCCAGGAGCUGGUCCGGUUGCU